AUGUCAGCUGAACCAUCUCGCUACGGCCCGGACUUCCACUGCGUCACCAUGUCUCGCGAUGUAUUCGAAGUCCGCUCGCACUACGUGAACUUGCGCCCUGUGGGUGGCGGUUCCUACGGCAUUGUCUGCUCUGCUGAAGAUACGCUACGAGGUCGCAAAGUAGCGAUCAAGAAAAUCACCGACGUGUUCGACGACCUCACGGAUGCCAAACGGAUCUUACGCGAGAUGAAGCUGCUUCGACACCUCGGGGUGCACGAAAACAUCAUUAAUAUUCUUGACGUGAUUCUAGUUCCGCCCAACGUCAUGGACUUUCACGACAUCUACAUCGUCACGGACCUCAUGGAGAGCGACUUGGAGCGCAUCAUCAGCUCGUCCCAGCCGCUGUCAGACGCUCAUUUUCAGUACUUUUUGUACCAGAUCUUGCGGGGUAUGAAGUUUGUGCACUCGGGAAAUGUGCUGCACCGCGACCUCAAGCCCUCGAAUCUGCUCGUGAACUCGAACUGCGACUUGUCCAUUUGUGACUUUGGACUGGCCCGAGGAGUGGAAACUGCACAGAACGAAGACCUGACCGAGUAUGUCGUCACGCGCUGGUACCGUGCGCCGGAGCUGCUGACAGACUGUCAAAACUAUAAUGACGCAGUGGACGUCUGGGCAAUUGGAUGCAUUUUUGCUGAGAUGCUGCGUCGUCGACCGUUCUUUACAGGACGAGAUCCAUCCGAUCAAUUGCACACGAUCAUCCGGGUGCUGGGGUCACCUACUGAGGAGGAAAUGGCGUUCGUACCGCAUGAAGCUGCGAAGCGAGCCAUCUUACAGAACGGGUUUUACCCCAAGCGUCCGUUGAUGGAGUUCUUCCCGGAUGCGAACCCCCUGGCGGUUGACUUGCUCUCACGGAUGCUCAAGUUCAAUCCAGCCGAGCGCAUUCCCGUCGUACAGGCAUUGGCACAUCCGUACCUGGCACAACUUCAGAACCCCGCUGACGAGCCCGUGUGUGCCGAGGCUUUCAACUUCGACUUCGAGCGCGAGUCGUUGGAUUUGGGCGUGGAAAUGCCCAAGGAAGAGCUGCAGCGACUGGUCUUCCAGGAAUGCAUGUCGAUCCACCAGAUAGAAGCGCAUCAUAUGCAGUAA